AUGAAACCGUCUUGGCUGGGGUGGUCCCUCCUAUCACUGUUGGUAGCGCCUACUUUGGGCACGCCUUCAGAUGCUUCCCCCGACCAAGAAUCUGGAGAUACACUUGUCAAGAGGGGAGGUCGUGGAGUGGAUCCCGACACACCCACAACAUUCAAUAAUAUUGAAGUGCCCCCGUUGACGCAGCUGACCCCCGAGAAUUUCGAGGAGGUGACCAAAGAUGGUUACUGGAUGAUCAAACAUUAUUCCCCCUCUUGUCCGCAUUGCCGGACGGCCGCUCCAAUGUACCAGACCCUGUAUGAGUACUACUACACGUCAAAUCCCUUAUUCCUCUCCGGAUUGAAGCCCGAUGAGCUCGCCUCUCUGGACUCAUUUACCGGCUACUACAAUCUCCAUUUCGGGUCCAUAAACUGCCUGGCCUUCGGCGAUUUCUGCAAGAAGUUGAACGUCGAAUAUUUCCCCGCGUGGGCAUUCUAUGAUAUGGGCGUUCAGAACGGACCCCCUGUUGGCGCCAAGACGAUGUCAGAGAUUGCCGCUAUGAUUGAAGCCAAGCUUGAGACGAUCAAGCCUGGGUCCCGACCUUCGCAAGGCGUCCAAAUACCAAAGGCCGGCGCUAAGAGCAUGGAAAUGACUGCCAAACCUGAAGUGGUAAAGCCUGGCGCGAAAACAGCUGUGGAGAAGCAGAGCAUCGAGACCGCAGAAUUGGAAGGCGUCAGCCCUGAGUCUGUCAAGGCCAAGCUCCAAGGACGGCCUGCUAAUCCCCAGGGCGUUUCUAUCCCACUCACUGCUGAGAGCUUCCAAACUCUCGUCACGACUACACAUGAUCCCUGGAUCAUCAAGUUUUACGUCCCUUGGUGCCACCAUUGCCAGGCUCUGGCCCCGAACUGGAACUCGAUGGCCAAGGAAAUGAAGGACACUCUCAAUGUUGGCGAAGUGAACUGCGACAUUGAGAAGCGACUGUGUGAGGAUGCUCGUGUGAAUGCCUACCCGACGAUCUACUUCUUCCGUGGCGGUGAGAGAGUCGAAUAUACCGGUCUUCGUGGCUUGGGAGAUCUGAUCGCGUACACCAACAAAGCCGUCGGCGUGGGCUCGAGCAUUCAGGAUGUUGACGCGACUACUUUCAAGCAGUUGGAAGAAACCGAAGAGGUUUUGUUCCUGUAUCUCUACGACCACGCGACUACAUCUGAAGAUUUUGAGGCUAUGAACCGCCUCACCCUCAGUCUUGUGGGACAUGCUCGCAUCGUCAAGUCUGACAGUGCUGCUCUUUCCGAGCGGUUCAAGAUCUCUACCUGGCCUCGUCUUCUGGUUGUCCGUGACGGACGCCCCAACUACUACAAUGCCCUUGCUCCUAAGGACAUGAGAGAUUUCCGUCAAAUCCUGUCGUGGAUGCAGACUGUGUGGCUGCCCAUCGUACCUGAGCUUACCGCAUCCAAUGCGCAAGAAAUCAUGAAUGGAAAGUUCGUGGUUCUGGGACUCCUCAGCCGCCGCCGUAGCGAUGACUUCAAGCAGUCUAAGCGCGAGCUGAAGGAAGCCGCUCUUGAAUGGAUGGACAAGCAGGUUCAAUUGUUCCGUCUUGAGCGGGCUGAACUUCGUGAUUCUAAGCAACUGCGUAUCGAAGAAGCCGAUGACCGCAAUGAUCAGCGUGCACUGCGCGCUGCGAAGAACAUGCGUAUUACGAUCCGCGAGGACGACAAGAAGCAAGUCGCAUUCGCUUGGGUUGAUGGCGACUUUUGGGAGCGCUGGCUGCGCACAACCUACGGCAUCGAUGUGGAAAAUAGUGACCGCGUUAUUAUCAAUGAUCAAGAUAACCGCCGCUACUGGGAUACUGCUUCAAGCGGAGCUCCUAUUAUGGCCUCGCGGACCUCCAUUCUCGAGACCAUUCCUCUUGUCGUCGCUUCCCCUUCAAAGUUGUCACCCAAGUCUACCAUCGGCACCUUUGAGACUAUCUUAUUCUUCACUCGAUCUCUCCUCAGCAGUCACCCAAUGCUCUUCUUCAUCAUCUUGGGUGCCGUGGUUGCUGUAGCUACCAUCUUCGGGCGUGGACGCCUUAGACGUGGUGCUGCGCGCGGCGGUAUCAUUGGCAACACCAACAACAACGGUGGCUUCUUCCACCUGGACGGCAAGGAGGGUUUCCUGAAUGGAGGCUCGACCGACAAAGUCGACUAA